CCAAUCAUCUAACGAGGUUGUUUACGUCUUGUUUUCCGCUAUGUACAUUGAAAUGGAGGUAAAAAAUAAGUAUUAAUUUAUCAAAUACACAUUGGAAUUCUUUUUUUGUGAUGUAAAAUUCGGUCAAGGUGAUACUAGAAUACUUGUGAGAUUAAUUUGGAUGCUCGGUUUUACUGUGGACUGUGAAAAUGAUGGACAUUUCCGGGCUUGUUUUGCAUGGUUUUUCAACAAACAAUACAGAAGUUCAAGGCCUAUUUCAUGGAUAGUUGUACUGAACAAAUUAUGAAACAUUCAAAACGAGAAUUUCAUCAAAAUGUAAAACCAAAUGAUCAAUUUUCUAUUGGAUUCAUGUCUUUACUUUCAUCGCAACAUGCACAUUUACAUUUAUAUUUCUCAUGGUCCAGGUUGCUGCCGUCAUCACCAUGUGUGAAAUCAUUCAUCCAGAUUCAUUGAUAAAAUGACGAUCAACAAAAACAACUGUGUAUACUUAUUAAAUAUUUGCAUUACCAAAUUCUGUGAUAUAGAAUAAACGUUUAUUUUUAACAUUUGAUAGACUAAUAUGAGAUUUUCAAUGGCUUCAUUAUGUAUCAUCAUUUUCGUUUGUUGUGUAUUGAUGUCAUUUGUGACAGGCCGUUUGAGUGAAGGAUUCAACUCUCCACCAGCAACUGAAAGGGAAGGAACAAUUUGUAAGAAUAUUGACAUAAGGAACAAAGUAGAGAACUUUGACAAAUUAGAAAAUUGUACAGUGAUUGAAGGAUCAUUAAGUAUUCUGUUGAUAGAAGGAGCAAAAGAAGAGCAAUAUCGCCAACUUUCAUUUCCAAAUCUAGUCGAAAUUACUGAUUAUCUUCUGCUUUAUCGAGUUUAUGGAUUAAAAACUUUAAGCAAUAUCUUUCCAAAUCUUUCUGUUAUAAGAGGCCAGCGGCUUUUUUUCAAUUUCGCCUUCGUUGCAUUUGAAAUGAUGGAUUUGGAGGAAUUAGGAUUAAUUGGAUUAACUGUGAUUGAAAGAGGAGCUGUGCGCCUUGAAAAGAACCCUAUGUUAUGUUACAUUGAUACCAUUGAUUGGACGAGAAUUGCCAAAGGAGUCGAUCGUAAAGACCAUUUCAUCAAGGACAACAAAAAGACAGCUGAAUGUGUGGACAUGUGCCCAGCUUACUGUGCCGCAACUCCAAAAAGUGAAUUUGAAAACCACAGAGAAAUUAAGCGCUGCUGGACUUAUAAUCAUUGUCAGAAAAAUCUUGCCUGUUACUGUGGUAAAGAUAGAUUCUGUAUCCACAAUAAAACAGGAUGUUGCAGUGAGAACUGUUUAGGAGGAUGUUCUGGGGAUUCUAGCAUGGACUGUGAUGCUUGUAAGAACGUCAUCUUCACAGAUCAAAGGGAAUCUAGAUGUCGCAAUAGUUGCCCAGGUGGAACUUAUAUGUACAAGAACAGAAGAUGUUUAUUGGAGAAGGAAUGUUUGAAUUUGAAAUUAAAAUUGUUAAACGAUCCAGCACUUGGAAACGAUUAUCCAGGGCAGUGUGUGGCUGAUUGUCCAGCAGGAUUUACCAGAGAUAGCCUGGACAAUAAUAGAUGCAUAAAAUGUAAAGAUACCUGUCCAAAAGAAUGUUCUGCUAAGAAAGUAGAUAGUGUACAGGCAGCACAAGAUCUCAGUGGUUGUACUAAGAUAUAUGGGGCAUUAGAAAUCAGGAUCAUGAAAGGAAGCAAUAUACAACAAGAACUUGAGAGAAAUUUAGGACAAAUUACAGAAAUCAAUGAAUAUUUGUGGAUUCAUAAUUCUCAUGCAUUAUUGUCACUAAACUUCUUUAAAAAAUUACGGGUAAUUGGUGGAGAAAGUUUAGUUAAUGGGUUUGCCUUAUUAGUGAAUGAUAAUGAAAAACUGCAGACAUUGUUUCCUAAAGAUGUGGAGAACAAUUUAACAAUAAAAAGUGGUAAUCUGACCUUUCACUACAACAGAAAGCUGUGUGUUCGCCUGAUUAAAACAUUUGAGAAAAAUAUAAAGAUGUCAAAAACUGCCCCCAUUCUGAAUGAUAUCAGCAAUUCUACCAAUGGAGACCAAGCACCAUGUCAUGUAUCAACAUUGAAUUUAACUGUGUUCCAAGUAACUGGACAUGUAGCUUUCCUGAAAUGGGAUAGAUACAAAAUGGGAGACACACGGGCCCUGAUCAGUUACGUUAUCAAGUAUAAAGAAGCUCCAUUCCAAAAUGUAUCAAUUUUUGAAGGCAGAGAUGCAUGCAGUGAUGAUAGUUGGAAGACACGUGAUAUUUUAAACAAGAACACAAUGAAGAACAGUAAAACUAUCCCAGCUUUGUUGGUACAGUUGAGACCAUGGACACAGUAUGCUGUGUUUGUCCAGACAUACAUGACAUCCAGUACCCAGUAUGGAGCCAUGAGUAAGCUUAUCUACUUCAGAACAGCUGCCAGUAUGCCAACUGUCCCUGCUAAUCUGAAAGCCAGAGCUGUUCAGCCGGGAGAGUUGCAUGUUACAUGGGAUCCACCAAACCAACCAAAUGGAAAUGUUACUCAUUAUGAAGUUUACUGGAGACGGAGGGAGUUGGAUCCAAGAUCAUAUGCUCCUAGAGAUUACUGUCACAAUCCACUGGCAACAUAUAGUAGAGAGGAAGAAGAUAGGGAAAAAGAAGAAGAAGAAAAGAAAAACAAUCCAGAAUUACCAAAACAAGGAAAUUGUGCAUGUGAAAUUAGCAAAGAAGAGUUAGAAGAGGAGGUCAGGGAGCGUAACUUGCAAAUUCAGUUUGAAAAUUUUUUGCAUAACAGCGUUUAUUUGAAAAGAUGUUCAACCAGUAGAAGGGAUCAAUAUCGCAAGGGCAAGUCUAGACGUCCAAGACAGGCAAUACCUGAUAGGGUAACUCGACAGAAGUCUUCGAGGGGGAAUAAAACAAAACAAAUAAAAAGGAAUAAACGUAAUGUAUACAAGGAGAUAGUGGAUCCAAGAGAAUUUGAGAAGUACAAAAGGAGACGAGAGAUACCUCCUGAAGCAUUAUCCUAUAAUACUACUGAAACCAUUGGUCCAGUUAAUGUAACAGAAGAUGAGAAAGAGGACAUUCCCCAGGGGACAACAGAACACACAGUGCUGAGGGCUGUAGUAUAUUCCAGAGAGUUUAUCAUAUCAAAUCUGGGACAUUUUGAAGAUUAUAACAUAGAGGUUAUUGCUUGUCAGGAACGUGAUCAUAGAGACCCAGAUAAAGUCAAGUACUGCAGUAGCAGGGCUCUUACUGUUGGUCGAACUAAAAAAUCUAUUACUGCUGACAACUUGAACUCUCACACUAUUAUGGCAGAAGCACAACAAAAUAAAACAGGAACUGUGCUCAUUAAAUGGAAAGAUCCUCUAAGUCCUAACGGUCCAAUUAUUAAAUAUAUGGUGGAGUACAGUAAAGGGGGAUUAGUAGAGAAUCCAACCUCACUCUGUCGUACAUAUCAGCAGUACAGGAAACACAACGGGACAAUAAUUCCUACAUUACCACCAGGCAAUUAUUCGUACAGAGUACAAGCUUACUCACUGGCUGGUAAUGGGUCAUGGUCAGAAGUUAGAUGGUUCUUUAUCUCAGAUAAGCAAGAACCAUCCUGGUCGAGCUCCACCAUUAUAGCAGUAUCUGUUUCAUCAGUACUUCUGAUCAUUUUAUUCGGUGUAAUAGUGGUAUGGUUAAUAGCAAGGAGCAGGACAGAUAAAAUACCAAUUGAAUGGCAUGUAUCUACUGUAAAUCCAGAUUAUAUGCAAGAUUAUGAUGCUUAUAUACCAGAUGAAUGGGAAGUUGAAAGAGAUAAAGUGUGUUUGUUACGAGAAUUAGGUCAAGGGUCAUUUGGAAUGGUAUGGGAAGGUAGAACAAAGGAUCUGGUAGAAAAAGGAAAGGAAACAUUAGUAGCUGUAAAGACUGUCAAUGAAAAUGCAGAUUAUCAUCAAAGGGGAGCAUUCUUAAAAGAAGCAUCAAUAAUGAAGGGAUUUAAGUGUCAUCAUGUUGUGCGGUUGCUAGGAAUUGUUUCGCAGAGUCAGCCUGCACUUGUCAUAAUGGAACUAAUGACUAAUGGAGAUCUGAAAAAUUAUUUACGAAUGAGGAGACCUGAUAAUGAGGAAGGAUUGGUGCCACCAGCAUUACAACAGAUAUGGCAAAUGGCUGGGGAAAUAGCAGAUGGCAUGGCAUAUCUGUCUGAUAAAAAGUUUGUCCAUCGAGAUUUGGCUGCUAGAAAUUGUAUGGUAGCUGUAGAUCUUACUGUGAAAAUAGGAGAUUUUGGUAUGACUCGAGAUGUUUAUGAGACAGAUUAUUAUAGAAAGGGUGGUAAAGGAUUACUGCCUGUAAGAUGGAUGGCACCAGAAUCAUUAAAAGAUGGAGUAUUUACAAGUUAUUCUGAUGUAUGGUCUUAUGGUGUAGUACUCUGGGAAAUGGUGACAUUAGCAGAACUGCCAUAUAUUGGGUUAUCUCAUGAACAGGUCAUAAAAUAUGUGGGCAGUGGUAGGACAAUGGAAAAGCCAGAAGGCUGUCCUGACAGACUACAUCAGUUAAUGCUUCAGUGUUGGAGAUUUAAAGACAAACAAAGACCUACAUUUCAAGGAAUAAUAGAAAUUUUAGUGCCUGUAUUGGACCGUUCAUUUAGGGAAAAGUCCUAUUUCUUUAGUGUAGAAAAUCAUACUGAAGACAAUCACGAUGGUGAUUACCCAGACGAAGAUUAUCCCGAUGAUCUAUGGGAUGAUUCAAAUAAACCAUUUAUCGCCGGUGCGGAGGGCGAUUCGUCUCAUCAUAGUCAAAGUCAUCAUAGCAGUCAUGGUUUUGAGGAUCAAGAUGAAGGAAUUAAAUUCGUUGACUAUAAUUAUCAUGAUAGAUUCGGGACAGAACCGUGUGACUGUAUCUUGUUAGAGGAAACAGACCAUCGGAACCGUAAUCAUGUGGACAGCAGUUAUCGUAAUAGUUCGUGCUCAAAUCCCAAUAGUGCAAUAGAUACAAGUGAUGGGAGUAAAGACAGUAGUACGAGUAAAAGUUCCAACAGUAGUUAUCCAAUUAAUGGAAUCAAUUUAAAUAUAGUUAAUGGCCAUGUGCCGGUUCACAUGCGAACAACACCAUGCUAGCUAUUAUUUUGUUGUCAUUUGCCAAUCAAUGUCAAGGCCAUAUUGGACAUCAGACUUAUCAAAAUGGAUGCCAUUGGUCAAUCUGUUCAUGUGAUCUCUACACUUUGUUCAAGUGCUUCUUUUUUUUGUAUGUUCUAUUCUUAUCUAGCUACGGGAUAUAUUUUUUAUGUGGGAUGCUGUUUUAGUUGCUCACUCAAAUGAAAAAAAAAGGCUUUUUAAAAGAAUUUGUGAUUUUUAUCUGUACUUGAAUUCUUUUGAGCUUUUAGAGGACAGCUUUUAACAAAACAACUCUGUUAAAUAAUGUCAGAUUUUAUGAUUUUCCUUCUCAUCUUGUCAUUCAUACUUAUUUAUGAAUGGAAUAGCAUUCUAAACAUUGUGAUAAAUGUUCAUUGUAACAAUUCAUCAAAACUGUUAUGUAUAUAGAUAUAUUUAUAUAUACAUUGUAUAUUUUGGUUCAUUUCUCUCCCUUUCUUCUGAUAAGUGCAAGAUUUCAUUAUUCAUUAUUAUUUAGAGGCAUAAAAAAGUAUGUCACGAUUGAUGAUUUUAAUGUUUUUAAAGAAGAUCUUUUAUUCAUGAUAACAUUGCAAGAUUUUUUUAUAAAGAAAAGGAAUAGUUUUAAUCAAAAGUUGUCAACCAUCCUGAGUUUUGCUUUGAAUUUUAUUUCACUAAAUUGAAAGUUUUUUCUUGCUCCAUUGAUAUUAAGGCAAAAAGUUAUGUUUUUUCUACGGUCAAUUUUCAAAAAAUAAAAAGUAUGUUUGGUGAUUUUUGGUCAAAAGUACCAAUUGAUGUUUUGAUUGCUCGAAGUGAGUGAAUCCUAAUUCUGAUAAGAAAACUUCAGUAUUAUAUUCUUUUUUUUUUAAAUUUAUACAAUAAAAUAGAAAAUCUGCAACAUAUGACCCCCUUGUCCAGUUUUGUACUAGGGAACACAGCCUUUUAUUUAAGGUGUUCUUUUCAAGAAAGAUAGUCAGUUUUUUUACAUUUUUUUUAUGAUUGAUUUUAAAGAAUAAAGGAUGAUUGAAACAACCUUAAACAUAAAUAUUUUUUAUUUCGUCAAAGUAUUUCUUACAGAAAUAUGACAGUUGAUCAGAAUAUUUUAUAACAUGACAGUCUUGCAUUUUAUCAUCAUAUGUAUAGAUAUAUUCCUUCUCAUUUUACUGCUGUGCUUUGAAUGUGACGAAAGGCCAAAAAAACAUGAAUAUUCAUAAUUUAUUUGUUGUGUCUCUGUUGGUGAAUGUAGGGAAUGACUUGUUGAUUUGUUAAUAUCUGAAUUUACCGGUGGAUUUUUAUAUGAAUACUAUUGAUGAUGUUAAGAUUUGUGAAUGACAUGAACAGAAGUUUAAAUGUUUGGUACUUCAAUCAGACUUGAUGAGAGAUCAUGAAACAUACCGAAUGAGAACUGAUUAUGAUUUUAAAAAUAUAUAUUUGACAAAGCUGUGAUAAAGAAUACAGGACAUUUAACAGUCUUGGCAUUCAUUUUUUAUUUUGUUUGUUUGAAUUUUGUUUUAAAAAAUUUUAACAACAAUUAUGAAAUUUAUAGUACAUGUAGGAUUUACUAACUGUUUACUUGAGUAUUCAAAUCUUUGAAAUUAAGAUAAAAAAAAAAUAUACUGUUCCUGUGAUUGGAAAAUAUGAAUUAAAUAGAAUACUUUUUUAAAAAUCUUUUUGUAUGUUAUAAGGACAUUAAAUAUAGGUUGUGUAGGAGUAGAAAGUUAAACAUAUCCAUUAUUAUCUUUAUUUCUCAGGAAUUCCUGACUAUUUAUAGACUUUAAUCUAAUUGGCCAUUAUUUCUCAGGAAUUCCUGACUAUUUAUAGACUUUAAUCUAAUUGGCCAGUGUAUUUUAUAGAUAUGAUCUGAUAAUUUCUACUCCUGUUUUAUUUUGGUUGUGAAUUCUUAUAUAAUCUUAAUGAGAAAAUAAUGACUGUUUUCAUUACUGGUAAAAUUACCAAAAGAUUAACUGGUAACCUUUCAAGCUGAGGGUUCUUUCAAACCAUCAGAUUUGAGAAUCAUGCAUACUAAAAAUCUUUCAAAAUAAUGUGUAGUUUUAUCUAUUUUUAUAUAUUCAAUUGCACCCUAAGAUUUUAUAUCUUGUGAAAGUUCUUAAAAGUUAAUGUGUGAAUUAUUUCAAAGAUUACUUUUUGGUUUUAUGAAAUCAAUUUUAUCUGAAAUAGACAUUAAUACAAAAAAAAGGAUGACAGGAUUUCUGAAAAUAUUUGAUAGUACACCAACAAAUGACUCCAAUAUUUGAUAGUACACCAACACAUGACUCCUCUGGAAUUACUAUUCUUACAUAGUGUUUAAAAUAAUGUCUGAUUUAUAUUGUACAUUGCUCCUUGUGAGGUGAGCCAAUUUAAUGGAAAAUAAAUAAUUUUUUUUCUUAUAUAAUGAACAGACUUAUAAAACUAAACGUUGUAUGAAAUCUAAGGUGUACAACAAAUUCGUUUGGAAGUUAAAUAUGUAGGAAUAUUUUUUUGUUAACUAAAUAUAGAUAUUGGUAUAAAUUUAUACAAAUGAUAAUAAGUAUUUAAUUGAAAUAUUUAGUGGAAAUGUUAUAAGAUGACAACACUUGGGAAAAUCCAACGAUUUCAACUAAAAAUUUUUUUUAAAAAUAUAUUUGGGUUUACAUCUUAUUAGCAAUACCUCUUUUUUAAAGUAGUAUGUUAGCCAAGUCAAAUAAAACAGACAUAGAUGUCAUACAUUUCUUUUUGUUAAUUAAUUUAUGUGAGGUUUUUCUCAUAUAUAAAAAGCAGUUGAGCAGUAGUGCUUAAAUCUGUAUUUUCUAACACAGUUGUUUUUUCCACCUACAUUUUAUGUUGUUCACUCAGUAAAGGUAUACCUAACAUGUUGGUAUUGUUAUAGAUACAGGAUUAUAAUAAUUAUUAGUUUGAAAUUGAAUAAUGAGGCAUUAAAAGCUUGAAUCAAAUAAACCAAGGUUUAAACAGGUACAGUUUUGCUUAGAAGUAAAUUUCUCAAGGAAUUGUAUGAAUCAGGAACAAGAUAUAUUUUAGUGAUGAGUGUUAUUUGUUAUGUUUGAAUUUUUACUUGUUUAUUUAUUGUUAUAUUUUUUUAUUCGGAUGUUGCUUAAUAACUGAUUUUGUUUCAAACACUUCUUCAUUAAUGUUUGUAUGAUCUGAUUAAGACACAGAAAGGCAAAGUUUUCUGCGUUUGUUUUAAACACAUUGUUGGAAGAUCUGGGUGCAGAGACAUGACAUGAGCACGUUAUGAUGUCUUUUAUUCAAAAAGCGUUACUGUUUUCAUACAAAGUAAUAUCAAAGCUUUAUUUUGAACACAAAUUUCUUUAAAAAAAAUGAAAAAAGGUUUAUAAAUUUUAAAGUUGAAUUAAUAUUCUAAGCUCCUUUUUCGAUAGUGUAUCUUGUUCAUUUCAAGCGACAGAAAGUCAGGAUCAGUUCCGAUUAGAUGAAUGGAAGAAGAGUUUUGGAAUUAAUGGAUAGAAUGACAAAAUGUUAGGUUAAUAUGACAUACCUCCUUUUUUUGUUGCCAGAAAAUGACAAAAUGUUAGGUUAAUGUUCAGAUUGUGGAAAUUUCUAAUAUGAUAUGGCUAAAUUCAUAGGUGACACUCCCAUAAAAUUUCAUUCAAAAAAUCACUACACCAGUAACCUACUUUUCUUAGUUAUUAAAAAGUUCAACUAAACCUAACUUUUGGUUACCCUUUGUGUUACAAGAAUAUUUACAAUUACAUUUCCUGUAAGACUGAGAAAAUUAUGAAUAUCUGACAGUAGCUGGAACUAGACCAGUAUAGAGAUUAAGAAUUACAUUAUAAAUUUAAAAAUAAGAAAUUAGUGUAAUGAUAGGGUGUUUCAAACAAAAUCAGUAUAUUAUGUUUUGUGGAAUUGAAUGAAAGUAUUGUGUGAAGUGUCAAAUGAAAAAAUGUGUAUUGGAAGACAGAAAUGUGAGAAGUUUGUAUGAGUAUUUGCAUAUGUUAGGGGGAUAACGUGAAUGAAUAUAUUUGUCACUGUGUGAUGAAUGUUUAAAUGUCAGCAUCUUCAUCAUCAGUUUUGUAGCUCUGCCUUUCAAACCAAAGCAAAAAAAUAAAUGUAAAUAUAGACUAUA